AUACGUGCGAUUCCCACGUGUGGAUCAGAUCAAUCACUGACCGUCAACUUCUCUCUUCUUUUGACCAACGAUAAUCCGGGAUUCUAAUUCUUCGGAAGCUUCUCUUUUUACCCCCCAUAAUAAUCCAAUCAGAUUCCACUAAUUAACCCACAAAUGCAUCAAAAUUUUGGUCCCUCUCUGAUUUCUCUCUAAAAUUGUUUGUACGCCAUGAGCUCUACCUCUGCUGCCUCACGCAAGGCUUUGAGUAAGAUUGCAUGCAAUCGGCUACAGAAAGAGCUUACGGAAUGGCAGGUGAAUCCGCCGACGGGUUUCAAGCACAAAGUAACAGAUAAUCUGCAGAGAUGGGUAAUUGAAGUCAACGGUGCACCGGGGACUCUGUACGCAGGUGAAACGUAUCAGCUGCAGGUGGAUUUUCCGGAGCAUUACCCAAUGGAAGCGCCUCAGGUUAUAUUUAUACCUCCCGCUCCACUUCACCCUCACAUUUAUAGCAAUGGGCAUAUAUGUCUAGAUAUUUUGUAUGACUCGUGGUCGCCAGCUAUGACUGUGAGUUCGAUUUGCAUCAGCAUUCUCUCCAUGUUAUCAAGCUCGCCAGCCAAGCAACGUCCGGCUGACAACGAUCGCUAUGUGAAGAACUGUAGGAAUGGAAGAUCUCCAAAGGAGACGAGAUGGUGGUUCCACGACGAUAAAGUGUAAUAACUUAAUUAGCUGAACCCCAUAACACCAACUCGUGUAUGAGGUUGUCAAUGUUGUAUUUCGUCUCUUUGGAAAAGAGAAGGGACUGAAGAUACUGUAAAAAGGAAAGAGGAAAAAUCCAUUUUAAUUUCAAUUACUCUAAAUGACGAGGCAUCAAAAGAACAUUUAAAAAGCUGCUGUAGGCUAUUAUGCCAUUGUGGUCUGGAUUAUUAAGUGAUUUUAAAUGAGGUAAAUGUGCUUUACCUUUGCCAUAUUUGUGAUUAUCUGAGAUUUAAUUGCCUUUUCUCAA